AUGGGCAAUGGUGCAAAUCAUUUUACAAAGGAUAGUUCGCCAAUACCUCCUCAUAUUUCUCCACCUUAUUCUCCUUCCACAACUACUACAACGACUACUACGACAACAACCACCAGCCCAACAAAUACAAAUACAAUUACAAUUAUAAAUAUACGAGCAUUUGAUCCAUAA